GCCUAAGGAAACACCGCCGCUGCUCGAAAAUGACGAUUCCACCCUCUUCCGACCGCAAAUACCGACGGAGUCCGCGCACCCCUCUCCUUCCCGAGAAGCACGGUCAAUUAUUCGAGGCGCAAGAGUCCGGCUUUGGUGGGGCGUCGUUUUCGGGAGCGGUGUUCAACCUCUCCACCACGAUUGUUGGAGCCGGGAUCAUGGCGCUCCCCGCGGCAGUCAAGCAAUUGGGUCUAAUUCCUGGCGUGGUCAUGAUCGCGUUGGUCGCUAUGUUGACGAAGUCGUCAAUUGAUUUGUUACUUAAAUUUAGUCGAGCCUCAAAAUCCGCCACGUAUCCAGGCGUCGCCGCUGACGCUUUCGGCGAGGCCGGCCGCACAGUUCUUCAAUUCUGCAUUAUCAUCAACAACUUGGGAAUGCUCGUCGUCUACAUGAUCAUCAUAGGUGAUGUGUUAUCGGGGACGUUGGUGGAUGGCGUCCAUCACAGGGGAGUGAUGGAGGAGUGGUUUGGAGAACAUUGGUGGACCUCGCGUUUCGCAUUGCUGCUUCUCACCUCGCUUCUUGUUUUUGCUCCUCUCAUUUCAUUCAGGCGUGUAGAUUCGUUGAGAUAUACAUCAGCAUUGUCCGUGGCUUUGGCUGUAGUCUUUGUGGCAAUAACAGCAGGAGUGGUGAUUGUGAAGUUGACAGAGGGAAGCAUUAAAAUGCCACAUCUGAUGCCCAAACUAGUUAAUCAGGCAUCCUUUUGGAAUCUUUUCACUACUUUUCCUGUUUUAGUCACUGCCUACAUCUGCCACCAUAACAUACUUCCUAUAGAGAAUGAACUGAAGGACCCCACCCAGAUGAAGUCAAUAGCUCGGAACUCCCUCAUUUUGUGCUCAAUAGUCUAUGUUGCUACUAGCUUCUUUGGAGUCCUUCUCUUUGGGGAUCAUACUCUAGAUGAUGUACUUGCUAAUUUUGAUGGUGAUCUUGGAGUUCCAUAUAGCUCAUUGAUUGAUGAUGUGGUUCGGGUCAGCUAUGGCAUCCACCUGAUGCUCGUUUUCCCAAUUGUGUUUUUCUCCCUUCGUCUCAACCUAGAUGGUCUUCUCUUUCCCUAUGCCAUUCCCAUUGCAUUUGACAACCGGAGAUUCUUCUUGCUAACUGCAGCUCUCAUGGGCUUCAUUUUUGUGGGAGCCAAUUUUGUACCAAGCAUCUGGGAUGCCUUCCAAUUCACUGGUGCAACCGCAGCUGUUGCAGUUGGUUUUAUCUUUCCAGCUGCCAUUACUUUAAGGGAUAACAAUGGAAUUGCCACUAAGAAGGAAAGACUAGUAUCUUUGUUGAUGAUUGUUUUAGCUGUCUCAUCCAGCAUGGUGGCUGUGACUAGUGAUAUUUACAGCAUUUUCAAUAUUGAGCAAGGAGUUGGAAGCUGAGUUAACCAAAAGGGGUUGUAUAUGGCCUUCACGUUUAUUUCGACUCUAUUUAUGCAGAGUGUUUAAAAGUGGCCUGUCUGACAGGGGUACGAGCCUGUUUUCUGUACGGUUUAUUCACAGAACCCUCGUGACAAAUACAGAGUCAUUGAUCACCAUUGUUAAGUGAGCAAUAAGUUGCAAGAAGAGCAAUGUUCCAGACUUCUAGCACCGCAUCUGAGAUUUUGUAGCUUCAUUUUUGUAAAGUAGUACAGUAAAAUUGUCAGGUUAAACAUUUGCAAUAGUUUAAAGUUGAAAAUAUUCAAUCUUUGACAUUUUGGGAGCGUAGUGCGAGUUGGGGGAUUUUGGUUAGGAGGUUAUUAUCUUUCAUUUUUCUUUGUAAAAUGAUCUGGACUUCUGGAUUAGUUAUCUAUGAAAAGAAAUCUCAAUCCCCUUA